AAACGCAGCGGCGCCGAAGCCAAGAAGAAUAAGAUCCGCGCACGAAACCGUGAGGCAGCUUACAAGUGCAGAAAGAAGAAGCAAAAGGGAGUCGAGGAGCUACAAACCCAGGAGGCGAUGGCCGAAAACAUCAACAAGAACCUCAACGACGAGGCUGCGUUGCUCCGAGGCGAGAUCCUCAUGUUGAAGACCAUGGUGCUCCAACACGGUAGCUGUGGGUGCUCCUUUAUCGAGGAGUACAUUUCCGGCGCGGCGCAAAACUUGGUAUCAUCGAGCAUGGCCGGGGGCGCUUCGGCAUCGGCGUCCGGCGGAGGAGGGAUACAAAUGGAUAACCAACCAUGUCCAAAUGGUGCGAAUGAAGGGGAGUCUUUCGUUGACUGGAAGAUGUUCGAUGCGGAUUCGGAACAAGGAAUCCCCUCGAUGGGCGCAGAACACAGCUAA